AUGGUGACCCUCGCACCCCCGUCUUUGAGGGGUGUUCCCCCUCCCCCCUCUUGCCCUCUGUUGCCUCUGGUGCUGCGGCCGGCCUCGUUGGUUUCGAGUCGGUCGGCGCUGCGUCUCCCUCGAGCGGGAGACGCCGCACCGGCAAGGGCAAGGGGGGCAAGGGCGCUGGAGGGGCUGGCUGGGGUGGUGGAGGUGGUGGUGGAGGCAGUGGAGGGGGUGGGGGUGGUGGUGGGAGUGGUGGCGGGGGUGGAGGUGUCGUUGGAAGCAGUGGAGGCAGAGGAGGCGGCGGCGGAGGCGGAGGGAGCGGAGGCGGUGGAGGUGGUGGAGGCGGCGGAGGCAACGGAGGUGGCGGCAACGGCAGUGGACCUGGUCGCAUCUCUGCGCAGAGGAGUGGCUCCGGUGGAGCGUGCUGGGGGUACGGGUCCCUGCACCUACGUUCUCCGCACCGGCGACCGCGCUGGUGAGCAGUGCAGGGGGCCGCACUCCACCCAGCGUUGCUUCGGCCGCCUGACGGACGCGUGGUGUCACCACUUCCCUAAGGCCUCUGAGAUCCCUCGCUGGGGAGAGCUGUCUAGGGCGGGGGUUGCUAUCUUUGAUCUUGAUUUUGAUGCUAUUCUUGCUGCCAUUGAUGCUGUUGCUGAUAGUGUUGAGGGUGACUGUUACCUGUGUGUUCCGCCUGACCCGGGCAUUGAGACUGCUGCUCUAGGUGCUGGUGAGGCUGCUGCUCUAGGUGCUAGCGCGUCUGCUGCAACAGGUUCUGGUGAGUCUGCCCUCUCAGGUACUACGUCGGCUCGGGCCUUACACACCUUCACCCUUGACUCGGGUGCUUCCCGCUCCUUCUUUCGAGACCGCACCACACUUACGCCGCUUAGUCGGCCGGUUGCGGUCUCCCUGGCGGACCCCUCUGGGGGUCCUGUCCUUGCUCGCUUCUCCACUGUCUUACCGUGUCCGGCAGUCCCCUCUGGCACCCUGUCAGGUCUCUACCUCCCCUUGUUCUCUACAAACUUGGUGAGUGGCACUGACCUACAGGAUAGGGGGGUUGACCACUUCACUCCUGCCAGUCAGCGGGUGACCCACUGCACGUGUGCUCGGACAGGCAGACACUUGGCCACGUUCACCCGUCGGCCGGGGUCGAGCCUGUACACCCUCACUACUGAGUCUCCUCCGGCUGCGGAGCCUGGCAUGGCGUCCCGUGUCCUUGUCUCUGGUCUCCCCCGAUCUCUCCCUCCUCUACCUCCGGGGCCUGCCCCUACCUGCGUCCCCUACGUCGAGGGGCAACAGCACGCCGCCCCUCACUCCUCCGAGUUUCCUCCAACAGAGUCUCCGUUGCAGACUCUUCACAUGGAGGUGUGGGGCCUCGCCCGCGUCCGUGGCCAAGGGCACGAGCGUUACUUCCUGUUGGUGGUCUUCCCCUUGCGCAGCAAGGGCAACGUCACUGAGGUGUUGAUCGACUGGAUCCGCGCAGCUCGUCUCCAGCUCAGAGAGAGUUUUGGCUCCGACUUUCCUGUUCUGCGUCUGCACUCUGACAGAGGCGGGGAGUUUUCCUCUGCCCGUCUGGGAGCCUUCUGUCGUGCACAGGGCAUCCGCCAGACCUUCACGCUUCCGGCCUCUCCACAGCAAAAUGGGAUUGCUGUGCGCCGCAUUGGCAUGGUCAUGGACGUCGCUCGUACGUCCAUGAUCCAUGCGACUGCUCCCCAUUUUCUAUGGCCGUUUGCGGUUCAGUACGCGGCGCAUCAGCUCAACCUUCAGCUUCGAGUCUCCUUUCCAAAGACCUCCCCCACCUUGCGGUGGACGGGGAAGGUUGGCGAUGCGUCUGCGUUUCGGGUCUGUGGAUCUCGGGCGUUUAUCCGCGACUUGUCUGCGGACAAGUUGUCCCCCCGUGCUGUUCCCUGCGUCUUCCUUGGCUUCCCCCCUGACGCGCCUGGUUGGCAGUUUUACCACCCCACCUCGCGCCUUGUUCUGUCCUCCCAGGACGUCACCUUUGACGAGUCGGUGCCUUACUACCGUCUCUUCCCCUACCGCGCUGCGCCUCUUCCUCCGCCGCCGCUCUUCCUUGCACCAGGUCCUCCCCCGGUAGACCCUCUCCCCCCCCAGGGUCCUGCCCCGUCAGGUGUGUCCCAGGUAGACGCAGUCGAGCCUGUCGAGGAAGCUGUUGACUUUCCUGCUGCUAGAGGUGCCGAGCCUACGGGUGCCGGGUCUGGGGGUGCUGAGCCUGGGGGUGUUGAGAUUGGGGGUGCUGCGUCUGGGGGUGCUGAGUCUGGAGGUGCUGAGCCUGGGGGUGCGGAGCCUGGGGGUGCGGAGCCUCGGGGCGCUGGGUCUGCUUGUGUGGCCACCGGCGCCGUGCUGCUGAAGCUGGAGGUACUACUGUUGCUACCGGCCCCGGAGGUGCUCAUACUGGCGGUGCUGGAGCUGCUGGGCCUUGGGGGUGCUGCUGGGGCUGUUGGAGUUGGUGCUGCUGGAGCUGCUAGAGCUGGAGCUGCUGGGGGUGUUGGCGCUGGUGGUUGUGCUAGCGCUAGUGCAUCUGAGGGUGCUGGAGCUGGCGCUGUUGGAGUUGGAGGUGCUGCUGGCGCUGGUGCUGUCGCUGGGGGUACUGGUGCUGUCCUGCUGGUUCUGGAGACGCUGCGCGGCCGCGGGCGUACUUCGUUCCGCUCCUUGAGCAAGUUCUUGCCCGCCUCCCCUCUACCUGCUCCUUCUCCCUACUCUGGUCCUACUGGAGGACUUACUGAGCGUCGUGAGCCUGCGUCUCGUCGUGCGUCGCCUGUUCUUGCUGCUCGCACUAGUGGUCGUGCUUCGCGUCCACGUCCUCCUGCGGUCCCAGGCACACACCAGAUGGCACUACGUCCUUCCACUGCUCCUCUGCGUGUCCCGUUGCGGUCUCCUCCAGAGUCCUCUCUUCCUCUUCAUGUUGACCCUGAGUCUGGUUCUCUUCGUGCUGCCAGUCCUACUGUCACGCGUCUCCUGGCCACUGUUGUCACUGACCCUUCCUUUGAGUCCACUGCUGCGUCUGCCUUAGUGGCUGAGCUUGUUGACUUCGUUGCUCGCUGUCGUCUAGACUACGCCACUAGUCUUGUUGCUGAGUCCGAGUGUGUCUAUCCUGCGUCUGUCAGGGGUGGGUGUGCUCUUAGCACGGACGUCCUUGAGGACAGGCAGGAGGAGUUCCAGCUUUUUGCCGCUGCUUUGCCUCAUCUCGUGUCCACGCUGAUUGCCCCUGAGGGAGACCCGGAUGCACUAGACAUCCCGACUCCUCGAUCGUACGCUGAGGCGAUCGAGGAUCCCGACAUAGCCGCUCUGCGCGACUACGAGCUUCACUCUCUUGACUUCAGCACAGCUUUCUUGAAGGGCAGCCUGCACGAGGAGAUCUGGCUGCGCCGCCCACCUGGCUUCACUGGGUCGUUUCCUCCUGGUACCUAG